AUGCAAGAUGUUGUUAAAGAUGAGGUUGUGAAAUUGCUUGAUGCGGGUAUUUUGUAUGCUAUAGCAGACUUUAAGUGGGUGAGUCCAGUUCAGGCGUCUGAAUUUUUCUACAAAGAAAGAUCAUUUUCCCACCCGUUCAUUGAUCAAAUGCUAGAGAUUUUGGCCUAUCACAAGUACUUUUGCUAUCUGGAUGGUUAUUUUGGCUUUUCUAAAAUUCCCAAACAUCUAGAUGAUCAGGAAAAGACCACAUUUACAUGUCCCUAUGCUUUAUGGCAUAUUUGGAAAAACAGGAAUACACCCGUGUUUGAGCUAAAGAUGGUUAAUGCUUUUUCCCUCAAGGGUGGAUCUUUUACUGCAAAUCAAAAUUAG